AUGCCUAUACGUGAAGCGGUAAGAACGAGUGUUCUUUCAAAGAAGUGGAGAUUUUACUACUUAACCAUUCCGGAGUUAGUUUUUGAUGACCAGUUCUGCAAAGAACUUCAAGACUAUGCCGCCACUCAGAAGAAAUUGCGUAUAUUAUCUGAAUAUGAACUCGAGCUCAAGUACCAAUUUGACGAAAUUGUUACCAAGUCUCUUAUGCUUCAUCCUGGUCGAAUAGUGACAUUUAAAGCGUGCAUUCCUAGUUUCAAUUCCACAAAGGGUCCUAAUGUGAACAAAUGGAUUCUGUACUUGUCUCGGAAAAAUAUCAAGAAAUUAAACUUAGAAUAUCCCAAGAAGGAUAUUGUACGUCAUAAGUUACCUCCUUAUUUCUUUUCUUGUCUGGAUUUGACAUACUUGAAGCUCCGUAAUUUUGAUGUCUCGCCUCCGCCACCAGAGUGUAAAGGCUUCCUAUAUCUUGACCAAUUAGUGCUUAUUGGUAUUUACUUUGCGAACAACUGUUUUGAAAGUAUUCUCUCCGGUUGCCCCGUUCUUCAGAGGCUAGAAUUGCAUUUGUGUCCCGGUAUUCGUCAUGUUAAUAUCAGUGGUUGUAAACUCAAGAGGUUGCGCAUAAAGGCCUAUGAUAAGUUUGAAUCAAUUUCCUUAGAAAACGCUCCUAACUUGACUGAAGUUUCUGUAAUGCUGGACAGAAUUGUAACAGACUCGGACAAAGUUGUAAUAGGCUUGGAAGCCAAUCCUAAUUCUGAUUUGGUUAAGUUUGUGGAUAGCUGUCCUAGAGUCGAACUACUUUGUCUAAAUGGAAAGUUUCUGCAGCUCCUAGCUCAAACACCAGUUCCCCCUAAGCUAUCGACAUCGCCAGACUCUCUAAAGAUUCUUGAAUUCAAAGGUGUAAAUUUUAUGAACUUUGAUGAGAUAUCUGCUGUUGUUUGCUUGAUUAGAAGUGCUCCGAAUUUGCAAGAACUUUAUAUUGAGGCUUCUACGGUCAAGCUAAACCAAGAGCAGGUCUCAGGUUAUCUAAAACUCCUGGACUGCUCAACUUUUCCCCUUAGCAAACUUCAUCUGGUCAAGUUAACGAAUAUCUCAGCUUUCGAUCCUGAGUUUGAGUUUAUUCGAUUCAUUCUCUUUAGCUCGCCCUCACUUGCGACAAUGAGCAUCCUGCAGCACCCACAACUUGAAGUUGCAGAAGCAUUGGAAAUAACUAAAAAGCUGCUCCUGUUUCGGCUAUCAUCAGCAGUGAGUAUAGAGUUCUCGAGCGACAGUAAAACAUAAGUGUCAUAGUGUUAUUUUUAGGGAACUGG